CUGAUUCAUAUAACUAUUUGUUUCUUCUAAAUAAUGAUCCGCUAUAUCCGCAAUAUUUUUCUCUCCUCCUAUAACUCUUACGGGAAACACGAAAAUGUUGAGAAAAUCAAAUGUGACAAAAGAGAAAAAAAACAAAAAAAAAGGAGGAGGAAACAUAAACAUGGAGAUUACUCAUCAUUGUUUGGUUUCUCUUCUCUCAAUCCUCAUCUUGUCUGAAUUCGCCUCGUCUCUCCACAUCUCUCUUGAUGAAUUUGAUGAGACACACCCAUCUACAAGCCGAGCUCUUCUUCAGGCAAGGGCAACGUGCAAAGAAGAUUUUGCGAGCAAGAAUUACACAGUCAUAACGAGUAAAUGCAAAGGACCAAACUAUCCGGCCAAGGUAUGCUGCUCGGCGUUCAAGGACUUUGCUUGCCCUUUCGCCGAAGCUAUUAACGAUGAAAAGACAGAUUGUGCCUCCACGAUGUUCAGCUACAUCAACAUCUACGGUCGUUAUCCUCCUGGAAUAUUCGCUAACAUGUGCAAAGAAGGCAAAGAGGGCCUCGAUUGCACCGACGUCAAGCCCACAUCAUCUUCCCAUGCAUUGUUCCCUCUUGUCCCGAGACAUGUAUUGCUUAUCACCAUUUUCAUCUUGUUUUGCCUCUUCUAAAGACAUUACCAUAUAUGUUAAGAUAUGAGUUAUAUAAUACUAUAUGUUACAUUCCUGCCUUUGUUAUUACUUGUUAGUUGUUGCAUGAGCAUAUAUAGAUGUAAAUAUUCGACU